CGGAAAUCUGCUCCUGCGGGUUGGAGUUUAACCAUCGUGCCUGUUUCCCCUGGAGCCGGAGCCCUCCGAGCCGACAACCAUGGACUUUAUGACGGAUCGGGAUGUGCAAAAGUACAUGGAGGAUGGGUACGUGGUUCUGGACGGGCUGCUGACCUCCUGGGAGUGCGAUGAGCUGAGGCAAAGGAUGGCGGAGAUAGUGGACCGCAUGGACGUCCCGGAGCACUGCCGCACAUCCUUCUCAACCAAUCACGACGAGCAGCUCAAAACACAGGGAAACGCUGACUACUUCAUCACCAGUGGAGACAAAAUCCGCUUUUUCUUCGAGAAGGGAGUUUUUGACGACAAAGGAGGAUUCAUCGUUCCAAAACAUCGGUCGCUGAAUAAAGUCGGACACGCACUACACGCCUUUGAGCCGCUGUACAAAAAAGUGACGCACUCGCCCAAAAUCCAGGGCGCAGCGAAGAAGAUGGGUCUCGUUAGUCCGGUGAUUCUGCAGAGCAUGUUCAUUUUUAAGCAACCCGGGUUUGGUGGAGAAGUGACGCCACAUCAAGAUGCCACUUUUCUGUACACGGAGCCCCUGGGCAGAGUUCUGGGUCUGUGGAUCGCCCUGGAAGACGCCACCGUUCAAACGGCUGCCAUGUGGUUCAUCCCGGGGUCGCACAACGGUGGCAUUUCUCGCCGCAUGGUGCGUACGCCAGAGGGCACCGACUUCGCGGGUCGAGAGCAGGCGUACGCCGACGAGCAGUUUGUCGCUGCGCCGGUUAAAAAAGGUGGUGUCGUGCUGAUCCACGGGGAGGUGGUGCAUCGCAGCGCUGAAAACACGUCGGAGGAGUCUCGCCACGUCUACACCUUCCAUCUCAUGGAAACCCAGAACACCCGCUGGAGCCCCGACAACUGGUUGCAGCCCACCGAAGAGCUUCCUUUCCCCCCUCUCUACACAAAAUGAAGGCUUUAGUUUGUGUGGAUCAUCUGGUGCUGCAGGUCAUGGGAGAGACACAAGAUCCUGUAUGUCCUCAUGAACAUGUUUUAAACUCUUUUAACCGUAGAAAAUGUGCUGCAAUGUGUUUAUACUGGAUUAAUGGUGAAUAACCGACAUUUAUGAUGAUUGUAUCCAUGUUUUUA